AAUUUGUUCAGUUCUCCUUCUGUGUUUGUCGGUGUAAGGUUAAUUUAUUUACUACAUUUUUGACUUGUUGAAUCCAACGCAGCAAUGGAACAGUCUAUGCUACGAGGAUUGAUCAUAUGUAGUUUUGUAUGCUGCUAUGUCUGUCUCCAUGUACCAUUUGACCUUAAAGGAUGGAAGGCUUUGCCUCUUGGCAACACUCAGGCUGUACAAUCAAUGGUUUUAGCCGCCGAACACCUCGGAGCAACGUUGAAAAAAGGUGUAACUGCUUAUCAAUGGAUUGAAGAUGUUCCGGGCUGGGAUUUAUACAGAGUGUCCUUCAUAAGUGCAUUUCAAGGGAAAAACGCUUAUGAAUGUCAUGCAGAUGUGGUUUGGAUAUUAAAGCCAGCCAACGCAACAGUAUUUAACACAGGAUGUCUACCAGCGCCAUUUAACGCAAAGGAUCCUAGUUACGCUACGAUUAAAACUGGCUAAGAAUGAACAACAUAUCCAACUUUUGCAAACAUUCUAAUCUUGAACGCAUUUUGAGUUAAACAAAUGAUUUAAUCUAAUAAAUUCAAUAAAUGAAACAAACACAAAUACGAACUGUGAUUCUGUAUGACCGGAAAAUAAAAGCAGCACAGAACUUUUCAUAUUGUGAAACAAUUACAGGUAGUCUAAAAGGUUUAUCUAAUUUUAUAAAGUAAAUAAACACACAAACCACAAUUCAUACCCGACUGAAUUUCUCACAUCUAGUUUAUAUUAAUCAAUCUGUAAAUGAUAUAUGAUAAUAAUAUAAUAAAUAAUA